AUGACUCGCGCAGCGGAAAGCGGCGACAUGGGUUGGACACCUUCAUCGUCCCACGGCAGGGACGAGCUGCCGCUGGGGGGGGGGGGUCCCACGGGGCUCCACCGAAGCCCUGCGCCCGAGAGAGGCGUCGUGGCGUCUCCAUCAUUCUCUCGCCUCACGGCAGCCCCGGCUCAGCCUUCGUCUCCACAGGAUGCGACCCAAACAAACAAGCGCGCACAGCGGCCAGACGCGACGCGCCGCAGGGGUCUCCGACACCAGACCCACGGCGACACCGCGACUCAGGGACCCAGGGACCCACGCGCAGAAAGCAUGGAGCUCACGUGGAGCGCCUUGAUCCUGCUGCUCCUCCUGCUGCUCGUGCUGCUGCUGCUGCUCAACUCGGGGGGACGCGGGGCCUCGGGGCGCCGCUCCCUGGGGGUGCCCGGACCCCGGGGGGUCCCCCUGCUGGGAAACGUCGCCGAGCUGUUCCGCACGGACCGCCACCGGCACCUGGCGCAGCUCGCGCGCCGCCACGGCCCCGUGUACAGCCUGCGCCUCGGGGCCCACGAGAUGGUGGUGCUCAACUCGGCCGAGGUGCUGCGUGAGGCUCUCAUCAAGAAGAGCGCCGACUUCGCGGGCCGUCCCCAGACGUACACGGGCUGCGCCAUCUCGUUCGGGGGCCGCGACCUCUCCCUGGGCGACUUCACGCCCGCGUGGCGCCUGCAGAGCCGCAUGGCGCGCGCGGGGCUCCGGGGUCGCAGCGCGGACACCACCCACGCGGUCAUCGCGAGCGAGGGGGCCUGCCUGUGUCACGUACUCCGAGGUCACGGGGGCCGCCCCGUGGACCCCAUGCCAAUCCUGUCGACGCACACGAGCAACAUCGUGUGCACACUCAGCUUCGGCGUCAGGUACGCAGAGCAGGACCCCGAGUUCCGCAGACUCCGCGAGAGUCUGGACGAGUUGGUGCACCUCUGGGGCUCCUCCACCAUCAUGGCGCGCGACCACCUACCCUGGCUCCGGAGGUUCCCCAGCGCCACGUGGACUCGCUUCCUCGAGGCCGUAGAGAGACGCGAUCACGUGGUUGCCGGGCACCUCGAGGCGCACAAGAAGGGAGGCGCGCGCGCCGGGACUGAGGACAUCACCACCUCCAUGCUGCGGUUCCUGAAGCAAGAAGGCCAAGGGGAGGGGGCGGGGGAGACGGGGGGCGGGGGGGAGAGGGGGGAAGAGGAGGACGAGGAGGGGGAGGUGGAGCGGAAGGAGGAGGCGGGGGACGACGAGGAGGAGACGGAGCAGGUGGAGCAGGGCUCGCUCACAGAGCAGCACCUGCACAUGGUGCUGGUGGACUUGCUGGUCGGAGGCUCUGAGACGACGGCCAUCACGCUGGUGUGGGCGAUCGCGUUCCUCAUGCACGACCCCCAGCUGCAGGAGCGCCUGCACGCCGAGCUGCUGGGGGCCGUGGGCCGGGCGCGCGCCCCGCUCUACGCUGACCGCUUCGCCACGCCGCUGCUGCGCGCGACCAUCACCGAGGUUCUGCGCACACGGCCCGUGGCGCCACUCGGCAUCCCGCACCUCACCACGCGUGACACCAGUGUCGGGGGGUACCAGCUGCCGCGGGGCACCACGGUCAUCCCCAACCUGUGGGCCGCGCAGCACGACCCGGACAAAUGGAGCCACCCGGAGCGCUUCCAGCCAGAGCGUCACCUCCACGGUGACCCGUCCGCCGAGCGCCGCCCCGUGGGGAGCCUCCUUCCGUUUGGCGCGGGCUCCCGGGCCUGCCUGGGGGCCUCCCUGGCGCGAGCCGAACUCUACAUCCUGCUCGCGCUGCUCAUCCGCGACUUCCGGUUCGAGGCCGAGGGGGGCCCGGGGGGGGGCCUGCCGGACCUGGACGGGGAGCUCACCGUCAUCCUCAAACCCAAGCCCUUCCACAUGCGCUUCAUCGAGAGGCCGUGAAGGCGCCGGGAAGAAGGGGUUAGGGGUGGUGGAUCCCGCGGAGAUGGCAGGGGACGUGCUCGUUUCGUUGAAAGUCAAGGUUAGGAUUUUUAGUAAUCUCCUGUUCAACCCAUGGCACCUAGGUCUGUCCCAUGACCUCUUGUACGUGAGCCUUCGACACUUCACGUGGCCUCAAAGUGCACCUCGCCUCGCACAGGCACCGUGGUGAGAUCACCAUCACUUAGUGGCGAAUGGCGGGUACUGGAAUUGGUUAGGAUCGCAACACAUUUCGCAGUCAGCACCAGCUCUAUUCUCACAGUAUCCUGCAAUAAAGUCCACCUCAACGUGUCUGACAUCACACGCUCAGCUCAACCAUCACAAUGCACCGCUGCAAUCCAGCACCGACCUACAAAUGGGACAUUCGUCUGCCAGUAGAUUUGCGAUGUGACGAUUUGGUUUCUUUCCCAAUUAAGCAAUUUGUGGGCCACGUUUCAAAUUUCGAAUGAGAAGUGUCUGUAAUAGAGAUUAUUGGUGGAAGGAGGCAGUACAUAAAGUAGGUUGAUAACAAUCUUGAUUUGAAGCUUUCGUGACUGCAGGAAUCCAUACUCUUUGGUUCUAUUAAAACAAUAAGAUAAUAUAAAUAAUAUACCUACGUGACUUUACAGAAAGAACCAAAGAGUAUAGGUUGAUAACAGCCUACUUGUGAAGCUAUAGGGUUGUGUGUUGUCCCAGUAUGUGCUGAGAUUUCCCCUGGCAAUGACGCUGCGAUCAUAAGAGGAUCCUUGCCGAUAAACCUCUGGCGCUUCAGCAGCGUCGAUCCAAGCGAGCCCGACUGCUGCUGAGACACUGAAUUUGGAACCCGGUGCAGAGUUUUGCUCGUUUUGAACCAAUGCUGCUGCAAUCGUGCACUCCCGGGAGGCCGUAGAGAGCUGAUGGGACGUGUAAAACAUAAGUUGAGCUUGUGAAGGGACAGAUAUGGGACAGAGGGGGUUGUCUGCUAAUUUAAGAGGCAUUACUCAAACACAUUAUGCAAACACAUUAUGCAAGAACCUAUUGAAAGUGAGCGUUAUGAUGAUAAUAGGUGACGAUGAUAACGCAGAUGAUUGAGACGAGUGUUUUUAAUACACUGCAGAGUACAGACUCAACGGCUCGAAACGCCAAGUGGCCAGCAAAAAACAGCACUAGUGAAGGUAUAAUAGUUAAGUGUUAAUUGGAGACAGAUGAUUGAUAGCAAUUACAGUAAUGAUGAGACAGGUGAUUGCGACGAUGAUUACGAUGAAUGAUGAUGAGACAGAUGCCGAUGAAGACGAUGGUGACGAAGUUUUACAUAGCUUAGAAGCGGUAACAAAAACCGAGUGAUUCAGAUGGCAAGGGCAGUGCAACGGACGAGAAAUGAGUGACCGUAACAGAGGGCACAUGGGGGACACAAGGGCAGGAGAGGGACGGAGUGGAGGGGCGAGGGGAGGGAAGAGGAAGGGAAUGGGCGAUGUAGAAGAGCUGAGGCUUUUAGAGAGGAACUGAAGGAGGUUAAAGAGGGGACCUGGUCAAUGUACAGGGUCAGUUGAUUCCAGGGGAGGGUUGCAAGGAGGGAGAAAUAUUGGAAACGAGAUGGGGCAUAGAGGGAAGCAGGGACAGAGCGAGAGAUUAUCGUAUUUACGAGGGAUGUCUCGGCCAAUGGAUUUGUUCAUAGCACAGAGGAAGAGUGGCCAUUGCUGGGAGUGUUGCCUGUUACAUAUAUAUUUAAUAUGAGGGGCACUUAUCGAUGAAUUUGUUUUUAUUAUUUGCGCUUAUAUACCGCUGCCACCGCAGUAUAAUUUUCAAAAAUCAUUAAAGUGUAGAUAAAAUUAGGCAGAUGGCGAUGAUGACAGCUGAUGUAGCAAACGUGUCACGUGAUUUCCCACAAUGCACUGUAUAGCGAUGAGCUUGUUAUGGAAUUGACUAACACUCGAGUCUGUUAAUCACAUUUUAUUAAGCAUUCAUCUUUUAAGUGUUUCACCACACGUUUUAAACGUUAAAUAAAUAUUUCUCGAGACUUAUACAUUUGUAAAGUCACCACGGUUUCAAGAGACCCCGGUAAUUUCAUGACUAAUUAUGUUGUCACUGUUUGUAUCCAUACAAAACUCGCUUCUCCUGUUCUUAAGGUUGCGGAGUAAAAAGUUAACGACUUAAGAAACAAAACCGGACCCUCUCCCAGCUCACCUUGAUCUACCAACCCUUGAUUCACCCACUCUCUUCCUAUCCCCCAUUGAUCCACCAACCAUUCCCAUCCCACCAUUAAUGACUACCCCCACGCCUCCCAUCCUUCGCCGAUAUCCCAACCCCUCUUGACCUUACCUGAUCCUCUAUUGCUUCCUCUCCAUCUCGUCAUUCAGACACACCUCCCAUCCCAACCUGGCCCACCAACCACUCUCAUCUUUCCUUGAUAAAUUCAUCCCUCUCCCAUCCCACUAUCAACCACCAACCCUUACCAACCCUCUUUGAUCCACCAACCCCUUCCAUGCCACCAUCAUCCCACAACAUUCCCCAUCCUUCUCUGAUCUAACAACUCCUUCCAUCUCACGGUGAUCCACUCAACCUUCUCUCAUCCCAUACUCAUCCACCAACCUCCUCCUCUUCCUGUCCACUACUCCUUCCGAUCCCAUAUAAUCCCAAUCAACACACUCCUCCAGUUAUAUUUUGAUCCACCAACUCGGCUACCCUACACUGAUUCACUCAUCUAAUAAAAUUUUGAUUCAUGCUCCUCCCAUGUCUAAUCCACCAACCCCUCCCAUACCACUUUCAUCCACACCAACCUUUACCAUGUGUCUUUGAUACACAAAUCUCUCCCGUCAUUCUCUGGUCCCAUAACUCUGUCUGUCUCACCCUGAUCCACUCACCAUCCUCCGCUCCCAUACUAAUCCAUCAACCAUUCUAUCACUCCCUGAUCCACCCACCCCUCCCCAUGCCGGGCGCGAAAUCGUAACCCGUGCGUCACGAGCCGGCUGAUAUAAAUGUACAAAGAGCAGCAGUGCGUGCGAAGUAAGGGACUUGGCAACACUCGAACCUGGCACGACACGCGGGGGCUCACAGACCAAACGAGGAAAAACAAUUACAACACAACCCACCCUUCCCCCAUACACCACACACCUAAACCUCCCACCCCAUAAAUUAAUAAAAUAUACAUUCCACGUU